GGAUACGGUGAAUUAAUUGCGUAAGAUCAUUUUUGGUAAACACGUAUUUUUCUUCAGUUUUCUGUUAGUUUUCUUUUAGUAAUCUCGAUCUGAAUAAGUAAGGAUAUUGCUAAAAAGUUGUACCCAACAGUUAGAAACGGGUUCUGUGACUACCCUCAUCUUAAAAAGGGGAGAAAAGGAGAUACUAGUCUUGCAUCGCCAUGAUGACUACCUUGGUGAGAAGGUCUUUGGGAAGUGCAUGGCGUUCGUCGUCUGUUUUGUCAGUGAAUGGAGUCGAUGCACGACAAGCUUCCACUAUUCCAAAUGUGAAAGAAGAGAAGAACCUGGAAGGGAGAGCUCUUUACCUGGAUGCUCAAUCAACUACACCACUGGAUCCUAGAGUAAUGGAUGCAAUGAUGCCAUACUCUGUGGCUUACUAUGGCAAUCCACACUCCCGCACACAUUCAUAUGGAUGGGAAUCAGAUGAUGCUGUGGAACAUGCAAGGAAGCAAGUUGCCAAUUUGAUAGGGGCAGAUGCCAGAGAGAUCAUCUUCACCAGCGGAGCUACAGAAUCAAAUAACAUCUCUGUGAAGGGAACUGCCAGAUUUUACAAAUCUAAAAAGAAGCAUGUCAUCACAACACAAACGGAGCAUAAGUGUGUCUUAGACUCCUGCCGGGUACUAGAAGGAGAGGGUUUUGACAUCACAUAUCUUCCAGUUAAGCCCAAUGGCAUAAUCGAUCUUAAGGAACUGGAGGCUGCGUUCAGACCAGACACUGUUCUAUGUUCAAUCAUGGCAAUCAAUAAUGAGAUUGGUGUGAAGCAGCCCAUGAAACAAAUAGGUGAGAUGUGUCGAUCAAGGAAGGUAUUCUUCCACACUGAUGCUGCCCAGGCUGUAGGCAAGAUCCCUGUUGAUGUCAACGACAUGAAGAUUGACCUCAUGUCAAUCAGUGGACAUAAGAUCUACGGACCGAAAGGUAUUGGAGCACUGUAUGUGAGGAGAAGACCUAGAGUGAGGGUGGAGGCGCUGCAGAGUGGAGGGGGCCAGGAGAGGGGUAUGAGGAGUGGUACCCUACCUGCACCCCUGGUGGUGGGUCUGGGAGCCGCCUGUGAAGUCUCACAGCAGGAGAUGGAGUACGAUCACAAGAGAAUCAGCGCCCUCUCUGAGAGACUCAUCCACAAGAUCACCAGCGAGCUGCCCGACGUCAUCCGCAACGGUGACCCCGACGAGACCUACCCAGGCUGUGUCAACCUGUCCUUUGCCUAUGUGGAAGGUGAGAGUCUUCUGAUGGCGCUCAAAGACGUGGCCCUGUCCUCUGGGAGUGCCUGUACAUCAGCAUCCCUGGAGCCUUCCUAUGUCUUGAGAGCUAUCGGUGCUCAGGAGGAUCUGGCCCACUCAUCCAUCAGGUUUGGCAUCAGUAGAUUCACAACAGAGGAAGAGGUGGAUUACACUGCGGAGAAGUGUGUGCAUGAAGUGACACAGCUCAGAGAAAUGAGCCCUCUGUGGGAGAUGGUGCAGGAAGGAAUAGAUAUCAGCAAAAUCAAGUGGACACAGCAUUAGGAGACUACUUCAGAAAGAUGAAGCACAGUAGAUGAUGCAAGUUGAUUCCAAGCUGAGCUGGAGCUGUGACAUCUUAAGAUCUCCAAAAGAACAUCCAGUCCUUAGAAUGGCAACAUGGAAGUUUUUGCAUCACUUCCGGCGUAUCUGAAUAUCGUUACCAUCAUAAUGAAAAUGGAAAUUGGACUCCAGUAGUAUAUACUUUGAUAUCAUUUACUGAACAUUUAUCAUUGUUUCACUUUGUUCCCUCUCAAUAUUUCUCUCUUUUAUAAUAAUAGGUACAUUUAUAUAGCAAAGCUACUUUAUGGGUAUACUUAUACUCUACUGCGCUUAAUACAAAGUAUCAUAAUAUUACCGCGGCUGUAGCUGAGCUGCCAUAAUGAGGCCCUAAAACAAUCAACAAAUUCUUUCCUACCGGGUUCAUGUACCUAUUUACUUCACCUGAGUGGAGAGUGGCAAGUGUAGAUUAAUGUCUUGCCAUAGGACGCUGGUGCCACGGUGGGACUCAAACCGUGAACCGUGUGAUCCACAGUCAGGUGACGUAUCCACUAGGCCAUGGCUCUUCUACAAGACUGUCCUUGAUUAACAGAAUCCUUAGUAGCCUCCUCUAAACCUCGUUCAGACCUGUUGCAGUAAAGCCCAUCAAAAUAUGUAAGUGAUAAAUGUAUGCUCGUUGAAAAUCUGUAUGAUAUAGAUCACAGGAUACUUGUAGGUGCCUUAGUUGUUCUCAGCGCUCCCCCCCCCCCCUACCUAAUAUACAUGUACACAUAACAUGGCUUGUGUAUUUCUGCAUAUAUAAUUUUUGUUGGGGGAGAUGGGGGCAGUUCAGUUCAUCAUGUCUGAAUGAUGCUUUAGCAUGCAAAUUUUUUACGGUAUUGUUCAUUUGUUACUAUAUGGUAAGAAUCUAUUUACAAUGGUUCAGAUAAUGGCAACACUAUGGCAACAGUAUUGAAUCAUCAUUUCUUGUGCAUGGCUUCAAAGUACAUGUAGCUUUACAUUCUAGAACAUGAUGUACUAUUGUUACUGCCUGUAAGAAGUGUAUAAACCUACAUGUCAGUAAGGUGUUGGCUUUGUAUAAGAUUAAACUGACCAGGAUGUAGAAUGGACCCAAGA